AUAUUCACCAAUCCACAAGUGCAGUAGUAAUCCUUCGAAACCACGCUCUUGUCUCUGCUAUAUAUAUGUUUCCACAACUCUCCGAGUGUUUCAAAACCCAGCAAUCCGUUCUUCUUCUUCUUCUUCAUCAUCAUCUUCUUCUUCUUCUUCUUCUUCCUCUCCCAGUUUUCCGGGAAAAAAGAAGGUAAAAGCCUGUUUGGUUAGAUAGAAAAAGAAGCCCAGCAUUUUAUCUGAGAAUGGCAGGAAUAGUGGUGGUCUUCGACUUCGACAAGACGAUCAUCGAGUUGGACAGCGAUAACUGGGUCGUCGACGAGUUGGGCGCCACCGACUUGUUCAACCAGCUCCUCCCCACCAUGCCCUGGAACACCCUCAUGGAUAGGAUGAUGGGGGAGCUUCAUUCCCAGGGGAAAACCAUUGAUGACAUUGUGGAGGUUCUGAAACGGGUCCCAAUCCAUCCCCGGGUGGUGCCCGCCAUUAAAGCAGCUCAUGCUUUGGGGUGUGAUUUGAGGAUUGUGAGUGAUGCAAAUCUCUUCUUCAUCGAGACAAUUCUGAAGCAUCUUGGGCUGAGAGAUUGUUUCUCUGAAAUCAACACCAAUCCGGGCUACGUGGAUGAAGAAGGCAGGCUGAGGAUCUUGCCUUACCAUGAUUUCCACUCUUCUGGCCAUGGAUGCAGCCGCUGCCCUCCAAACAUGUGCAAGGGCCUGAUAAUAGAGAGGAUUCAAGCUUCUCUAGCCGCGGAAGGGAAAAAGAGGCGAUUCAUCUAUCUUGGAGAUGGAAGCGGCGACUUUUGCCCGACCUUGAAGCUCAGAGAGGGCGACCACAUGAUGCCGAGGAAGCACUACCCGGUCUGGGACUUGAUAUGCAAGAACCGGGCUCUUGUCAAAGCCGAGCUUCAUGAGUGGAGCAACGGGGAGGAGCUGGAGCGAGUCUUGCUGCAACUCAUCAACGCGAUCUCCAUGGAGGAGAGCAACAAGUUGUUCUCAGUCGACUGCAAGUUGGAGACGGUUCCUAUGGCUGCCCGCGAGGCCUUGCCUCAGGCUCUUUCGGUCCCUCAUUAGUGGGGGGGACAUCGCGAUGGCAAUACCUGACGACGAUGAUGUAAAAGCUUAUGAAUUCACAGUUUUUCCUCCAUUUGCUUCUCUGCUUGCUAAUGUGCAACCUCUUUACUGAUCAAGAAUAGAUCAGCGUAGAAUGAGAUACAUAUACAAUCACAAGCUUUACCUUAUCUUUGAAUGGAUCGAUGACUAGUUCUGAACUUUUUGUGGCUUUGAAUGGAUCACAUCCUUGCUAGUUUUGCAGAAAUGGGCAUCCUACUGUACAAGACGACUCGUUUUGUAAGGAUCGAAAAUGUCACUUUUACAUGAAAGUAUUUUGGUUAUCGUAAUGAAUACGUGACAAUAUAUGAUUGAUUUAAGAUAGUAAGUGAUGGACAAACACGUAACUUUUGAAACUUUGGAGG